AUGCAAGUGCUUGUUCAUUGGCGAGUUGGGUUACUUACUAUUUUUGUUCUAUUUGGAUUGUUCAUUGUUUGGGAGUUUGAUGGAUGCACUGUUAAGAAUGUUUUUCAAGGUAUAAGGUUUAGUCAUCAACAUUAUCUUUCUCGUUCAAAUGCUUCUAAUCAAGAGAUGUUUUCUGUUAGUUUAGAUCAGAACCAAACCAUUGAAACCCAUGUUUCUGUUGAUGUUGCUUUGUCUGAAAAACUUGAUGAAACCCCAAAAAGAUUUGAUUUUGUUAAAAGGUAUGCUAGUUGGGUUUCGAGUGAAUUAGAGGUUAAUUUGACUUCAAAUCUUUUAGCUAGAUGGUUAGAAAGGGGUGGUGAGCCUUGUAAGGAUUCUAUGACAGUUGAUAUUUCUAUUCCUGGGUUGGAUGGUGGGGGUUUCAUAGAUUUAUCAGCUGGUGAUAUACAUGAGUUUGUUUUUCAAGCAUUGGAUGAUUCGGGGAAGCCUCGUUGUUUAGGCGGUGAUUAUUUCGAGACUGAUCUUUCGGGGGAGUCGUGGAAAUCUAGGCCUUUGGUGAAGGAUUUUAGUAAUGGGUCUUACUCGAUUUUGUUGCAAGUUCAUCCUGAUUUUGUUGGGGUUUAUAAUCUUACUGUUUUCUUGCUUUAUAGACAUUUUGAAGGUUUGAAAUUGACUCCGUGGAAAUUUGUUUUCAAUCGAAUGGUUCGUAAUAUUGGAAUAAGGUUCUUUAAGAGCGAUGUUUUGAUACCGGAGCUGCAGACUUGUAAGGCUGCUGAUUUUGGGAGGGAUGUUUGGUGUGGAAGGUGGACAAGGCACGGGAAGAAUGAUGAGUGCUUUGUUGGUGAUGAUGGUAGAUACCGAUGCCUAGCGUCUGAUUUUCCUUGUAAAGCUCCUUGGUGUGACGGUUCGUUGGGAGUUCUGGAGAGUAAUGGUUGGGUUUACUCGGCGCAUUGCUCGUUCAAGAUGUAUUCAGCUGAGUCUGCUUGGAAUUGCUUGAAGAAUCGAUGGAUUUUCUUCUGGGGCGAUUCGAAUCAUGUUGACACGAUACGUAAUAUGCUCAACUUUAUAUUGGAGUUGCCUGAUGUACAUUCUGUCCCGAGAAGAUUCGACAUGAACUUUUCAAACCCAAUAGACCCGUCUCAAACCGUUAGGAUUACGAGUAUCUUCAACGGCCAUUGGAACGAAACACAAAACUAUCUAGGGGUGGAUUCUCUAAGAAACGAAGGGUUUCAAAAUUUGUUGAAGAAAUACUUCUCGGAAGAAACAAUCCCCGACACCGUGAUCAUAAACUCCGGCUUGCACGAUGGUGUCCACUUUAGUAGUAUAAGAGCAUUCUCGGUUGGAGCAUCCUACGCAGCAACCUUUUGGAAGGGCGUUCUGGAGAGAGUGAAGGAAAGGGGAUUGGCAUUGCCUAGAGUCUUUUACCGGACUACUGUCGCAACAGGUGGAUAUGCGAGAUCACUAGCAUUCAAUCCUAACAAAAUGGAUGUGUUCAACGCUGUUUUCUUAGAUAAAUUGAAGCAAGCGGGCGUUGUAUCCGGUGUGAUUGACAACUUUGAUAUGACGUUUCCGUGGCAUUUUGAUAACCGAUGUAACGAUGGAGUUCAUUAUGGAAGGGCUCCGGCGAAGUUGAAGUGGAGAGAUGGUCAAAUUGGUCAUCAGUAUUUUGUGGACCUUAUGUUAGCUCAUGUUCUUCUGAAUGCAUUGUGUGCAAGAUAG